AGCACGAUGCCCCGGGCGCAGCUCCUGCCUCUGCUGCUGGCGGUCUCCGCGGCGGCGGCUGCGGUCAGCGAGCCCGGGCCGGCGCUGCCCCUUCCCACGGGGGACGCCACCCUGGCCAUCGUCUUCGAUGUCACCGGCUCCAUGUGGGACGACCUGAUGCAGGUGCUCGACGGCGCCUCACGCAUCCUGGAGAGCAGCCUGAGCCGCCGCAGCCAGGCCAUCGCCAACUACGCGCUGGUGCCCUUCCACGACCCAGAUAUUGGCCCAGUGACCCUCACGGCAGACCCAGUGGUGUUUCAGAGAGAGCUGAGAGAACUCUAUGUGCAGACACCUGCCUCCAGUGGGUCAGUUCUAAGCAAGACCACAGGCACCUGCCGGCAUCAGCUUCUCACACUUGCCUCCCAGGUGCUGAAGUGGGUAGAGUCAGCUGUCCAGGCCACCAAGGUGCAUCUGCUGUCCGCAGACCACAAGGAGGAGGGCGAGCACACGUGGAAGAUUCCCUUUGACCCCAGCCUGAAGGAGGUCACCAUCUCCCUGAGCGGUCCAGGACCCCAGAUUGAAGUUCGUGACCCACUGGGGAGGAUCCUACAGAAGGAUGAGGGCCUCAACGUGCUUCUCAACAUCCCGGACUCUGCCAAGGUUGUGGCCUUUAAGCCUGAGCAUCCUGGACUGUGGUCCAUCAAGGUCUACAGCAGUGGUCGCCAUUCAGUGAGGGUCACAGGUGUCAGCAACAUCGACUUCCGAGCCGGCUUCUCCACCCAGCCCUCUCUGGACCUCAGCCACACCAUUGAGUGGCCUCUGCAAGGGGUGCCCAUCUCCCUGGUGAUCAACUCCACGGGCCUGCAGGCGCCCGGCCACCUGGACUCGGUGGAGCUCUCACACAGCUCUGGGCAGUCCCUCCUGACUUUGCCCAUGCGGCCCCUCUCCAACGGAUCCACGCAUCAGCUGUGGGGCGGACCGCCCUUCCACGCCCCCCAGGAGCGCUUCUACCUGAAGGUGAAGGGCAAAGACCACGAGGGGAAUCCCCUGCUCCGUGUCUCUGGAGUUUCCUACAGUGGGGUGGCCCCAGGUGCCCCCCUGGUCAGCAUGCCCCCUAGGAUCCACGGCUACCUGCACCAGCCCCUGCUGGUGUCCUGCUCUGUGCAUAGCACCCUGCCCUUCCGGCUACAGCUGCGACGGAACGGAGCCAGGCUGGGCGAGGAGAGGCACUUUCAGGUGUCGGGAAACAGCAGCUGGGAGAUCCCACGGGCCUCCAAGACCGAGGAAGGGGCGUAUGAGUGCACGGCCGUCAGCAGGGCUGGGACCGGACGAGCAAAGGCCCAGAUUGUUGUCACAGACCCCCCGCCACAGCUAGUCCCUGCCCCCAACAUCACCGUGUCCCUGGGGGAGACCGCCGUCCUGUCCUGCCAGGUCCUGAGUGAUGUCCCCUACAACCUGACGUGGAUUCGGGACUGGCGAGUCCUGUCGGCCUCGACGGGCAGAGUCACCCAGCUGGCUGAUCUGUCCCUGGAGGUCAGCGACAUCAUCCCCAGUGACGGUGGGCGGUACCAGUGCAUGGCCAGCAAUGCCAAUGGCGUCACCAGGGCAUCCAUGUGGCUCCUGGUGCGAGAGGCCCCGCAGGUCAGCAUCCACACCCGGUCCCAGCACUUCUCCCAGGGUAUGGAGGUGAGCGUUAGCUGCUCGGCCUCUGGGUACCCCACACCCCACAUCUCCUGGAGCCGUGAGGGUCAUGCUCUGCGGGAGGACAGCAGAAUCCGUGUGGACGCCCAGGGAACCCUGAUCAUUCAGGGGGUGGCCCCAGAGGAUGCUGGGAAUUACAGCUGCCAGGCUGCGAAUGAGGUUGGCACAGACGAGGAGACGGUCACCCUCUACCACACAGAUCCACCGUCCGUCUCUGCGGUAAAGGCGGUGGUGCUAGCCGCCAUCGGCAACGAGGCCGUGCUGGUGUGCGAUGUGUCUGGGGUGCCCCCACCCCGGGUCGUCUGGUAUCGAGGGGGUCUUGAAAUGAUUCUGGCCCCUGAGGGCUCCAGCUCCGGGACACUGCGGAUCCCAGCAGCUCAGGAGAGGGAUGCUGGCGUCUACACCUGCCGAGCUGUCAAUGAGAUAGGUGAUGCCUCUGCAGAGAUCCGGCUGGAGGUUGGACAUGCGCCCCAGCUGAUGGAGCUGCCCCGGGACGUCACUGUGGAGCUGGGGAGUAGUGCCCUCCUGGCGUGCCGGGCCAUGGGCCGCCCUCCCCCGAUGGUCACCUGGCGCCGUGGAGAUGGCCAGCCACUGGGCCCUGGGCGGGGCAGCAGGACUAGGCAGCCCGAUUCGGGAGUGCUGUUCUUUGAAAGUGUGGUCCCCGAAGACCAGGCCCUGUAUGUCUGUGAAGCUCAAAAUGUGUUUGGGAAGGUCCGGGCAGAGGCCCGGCUCGUCGUGACCGGACACGUCCCGCCGCAGAUCGCCAGCAGCGCCUCCACUGUCCGGGUGCUGGAGAGGCAGCCGGUGUCCCUGCCCUGCAUCAUCCUGGCUGGGAGACCCUUCCCGGAGAGGCGCUGGCUCAAGGCCGGCCUGCCCCUCCCAGCUGGCAGCCGGCAUUCUGUCCGAGCAGAUGGCAGCCUCCACCUUGACCGGGCGCUGCAGGAGGACGCAGGGAAGUAUAGCUGUGUGGUCACCAACACGGCCGGCUCUCAGCACAGGGCUGUGGAGCUGGUUGUCCAGGUGCCACCUAGGAUCCAGCCCACUGCCACCCACCAUGUCACCAACGAAGGGGUUCCGGUCUCUCUCCCCUGUGUGGCCUCCGGGGUCCCCACCCCCACCAUCACUUGGACCAAGGAAACCAAUGUCCUGACCUCCAGGGGUCCCCACUACAAUGUGAGCAAGGAUGGCACCCUGGUCAUCACCCGGCCAUCACCCCAGGAUGCCGGGACCUAUGUCUGCACGGCCACCAAUGCUGUGGGCUUCUCAAGCCAGGAGAUGAGGCUCUCUGUCAAUACUGAGCCCAGGAUCCAUGUGAACGGCUCACAUGAUGCGGACGAGCCUCUGAGAGUCACGGCCAAGGCUGGUGACGAGGUGACCCUGGACUGCGAGGCCCAGGGCUCCCCAGCCCCAUUGGUCACCUGGACCAAGGACUUCCGCCCUGUGCCAUCCGUCACCGACAGGCAUCGCCUCCUCCCAUCAGGCUCCCUGCGUCUGGCCCAGGCCCAGGUGGGUGACAGUGGUCUCUACAGAUGCAUAGCCAGUAACCCUGCAGGGUCCGCCUCUCAGCACUACGUCCUCCAGGUACAAGUGCCCCCUCAGGUACAGCCGGGCCCGCGGGUCCUGAAGGUGCUGGCAGGAGAGAUUCUGGACCUGAACUGUGUGGCCGAGGGCACCCCGGAGCCCCAGCUGAACUGGUCCAAGGACGGGGCGGCCCUGCAGGGUGGGGGGCCCGAGGGCUCUGUCCAUUUCUCCGCCAUCCAAACCUCUGACGCCGGGCUGUACCGCUGCGAGGCCUCCAACAGCGCCGGCAUGGAUGCCUGGGAGCUGGAGCUCCGGGUGCUGGAGCCGCCGCACUGGGAGGCCGAUGAGACCAGCGGCCUGCUGGAGAGAGUGGUGGGAGAGAACGCCAGCCUGCCGUGCCCAGCCAGAGGGACGCCCAAGCCACAGGUCACGUGGCGGAAGGGCCCAUCCUCAGAGCCCCUGCGUGGCCGGCCGGGCCUGGAGGUGCUGGAUGAUGGCUCCCUGUUCCUGGCCUCAGUUUCUGCCUCUGACAGCGGAGACUAUGAGUGCCAGGCCUCCAAUGAGGCAGGCUCCACGUCCAGGAGAGCCAAGCUGGUGGUCUACGUGCCCCCUAGCAUCCGGGAAGACGGGCGCAGGGCCAACCUGUCAGGCAUGGCCGGGCAGUCCCUGACUUUGGAGUGUGACGCGAAUGGCUUUCCAGCCCCUGAGAUUGUGUGGUUCAAAGAUGGGCAGCCGAUCCCCGAGACAGGCCGUCACCGACUCCUGGACAAGCCCUGGGCCCUCCACUUUCCCAGGAUCCAGGAGGGCGAUUCUGGCCUCUAUUCCUGCCGGGCGGAGAACCAGGCUGGGACUGCCCAGAGGGACUUUGAUCUCCUCGUGCUCAUCCCUCCUUCCGUGAUGGGAGCCGGGGCUGCCCAGGAGGUGCUGGGUCUGGCUGGUGCAAAGGUGGAGCUGGAGUGCUGGACCUCGGGGGUCCCCGCGCCCCAGGUGGAAUGGACCAAGGAUGGGCAGCCCGUCCUCCCAGGAGACCCUCGCGUCCAGCUCCAGGAAGAUGGCCAGGUUCUCAGAAUCACCAGCAGUCACCUGGGGGACGAGGGACGGUACCAGUGUGUGGCCUUCAGCCCUGCCGGCCAGCAGACCAAGGACUUCCAGCUCAGAAUGCAGGCGCCUCCCACCAUCUGGGGCUCCAACGAGACGAAUGAGGUGGCCGUCAUGGAGGGCCGCCCGGUGCGGUUCUUGUGUGAGGCCCGAGGAGUGCCUGCUCCUGACAUCACGUGGUUCAAGGACGGGGCCUCCCUCCCACACAGCACUGAAGCUGUCUACACCAGGGGAGGCCGGCAGCUGCAGCUGGGGAGGGCCCGGGGCGUGGAUGCCGGCACCUACACCUGCCAGGCCAGCAACCCCGUGGGGGUCACAGAGAAGAGCACCCGGCUGGAGGUUUAUGUCCCGCCCACCAUCGAGGGUGCUGGAGGAGGGCCUCAUGUGGUGAAGGCUGUGGCUGGGAGGCCCUUGGCUCUGGAGUGUGUGGCCAGAGGCCACCCACUCCCCACCCUCUCCUGGCACCACGAGGGGCUGCCUGUGGCAGAGAGCAACGAGACGUGGCUGGAAGCAGGAGGCAGAGUGCUGAGCCUGGAGAGCCUGGGGGAGGCAUCCGGAGGCCCAUACAGCUGCGUGGCCAGCAGCCCCGCUGGGGAGGCCGUGCUACAGUACUCCGUGGAAGUGCAGGUGCCCCCACAGCUCCUGGUGGCUGAAGGCUCAGGCCAGGUGACCGCCCUCGUGGGACAGCCCCUGGAACUUCCCUGCCAGGCCUCCGGCUCCCCCGUGCCUACUCUCCAAUGGCUGCAGAAUGGCCGCCCAGCCGAGGAGCUGGCUGGGGUGCAGGUGGCCUCACGGGGGGCCACGCUGCGCAUCAGCCACGUGGAACUGGACCACGCGGGCCUCUUCGCCUGCCAGGCCACCAACGAGGCGGGCACCACUGGGGCUGAGGUGGAGCUGUCCGUGCAUGAGCUCCCACAGGUGGCCAUCGUUGGGGGCGACAAUAUCACAGUCCCUUUCCUGCAGCCUGUGACCCUCCAAUGUGUGGCGACUGGGGUACCCACCCCAAGUCUCCGCUGGUGGAAGGAUGGGGUGGCCCUGGCAGCCUUGCGGGGGAAACUGCAGAUCGAGAAGGUGGACCUGAGGGAUGAAGGUGUCUACACUUGCGCUGCCACUAGCCUGGCUGGCGAGAGCAAAAGGGACGUGGCUCUCAAGGUGUUGGUGCCCCCCAACAUUGAGCCGGGCCCGCUGAACAAGGCAGUGCUGGAAAAUGCCUCAGUAACCUUGGAGUGUCUGGCUUCGGGCGUUCCCCCUCCUGAUAUCUCCUGGUUCAAGGGCCGCCAGCCUGUCUCUGCCCGGAAGGGAGUGACGGUGUCAGCUGACGGGAGAGUUAUCCGCAUUGAGCGGGCACGAUUUUCUGAUGCCGGGAGCUACCGCUGCGUGGCGUCCAAUGUGGCAGGCAGCACAGAGCUGCAGUAUGGGCUGCGGGUCAAUGUUCCUCCACGCAUCACAUUGCCGCCCAGCCUGCCAGGCCCUGUACUGCUCAACGCUCCGGUCCGGCUGACCUGUAAUGCCACUGGAGCCCCCAGCCCCACGCUGAUGUGGCUGAAGGAUGGAAACCCCGUGUCCACUGGAGGGGCCUCGGGCCUCCAGGUCUUCCCCGGGGGCCGGGUCCUCACCCUGGCCAGUGCCCGGGCCUCGGACUCGGGCAGCUACUCCUGCGUGGCCGUGAGUGCGGUGGGCGAGGACCGCCGGGACGUCGUGCUCUAUGUCCACACGCCCCCAAGCAUCCUCGGGGAAGAGCUGAAUGUGUCCGUCGUGGCCAAUGAGUCUGUGGCCCUGGAGUGCCGGAGCCAAGCUGUGCCCGCUCCCGUGCUGAGCUGGAGGAAGGACGGCCGCCCCCUGGAGCCGAGGCCCGGCAUCCACCUCUCCCCAGACAAGGCCUUGUUGGAGGUGAGCAGAGCGGAAGUGGGGGAUGCAGGCCGCUAUACCUGUGAGGCGCUGAACCAGGCGGGCCGCUCGGAGAAGCACUACAACCUAAAUGUCUGGGUGCCUCCUGUGUUCCCCUCAAGGGAACCCCGCACCCUGACUGUGACCGAGGGGCAACCUGCGAGGCUAUCCUGUGAAUGCCGAGGCAUCCCCUUCCCCAAGAUCUUCUGGAGGAAGGAUGGUGAGCCCUUGCCAGGGGAGGGGAACAGCCUGGAGCGGGUGUCAGCUGUGGGGCGGCUGCUGUACCUGGGACAGGCCCAGCUGGCCCAGGACGGCACAUACACCUGUGAGUGCAGCAACGUGGCGGGAAAUAGCAGCCAGGACCAGCUGCUGGAGGUGCAUGUUCCCCCUCAGAUCGCUGGCCCCCGGGAGCCCCAUACACAGGUCUCCGUGGUCCAGGAUGGGGAGGCCACUCUGCAGUGCAAUGUCACAGGGAAGCCCCCGCCCAGGGUGACGUGGGAGCGGGACGGCCAGCCGCUGAGGCCCGAGCCUGGCUUACGGCUGCAGAACCAGGGUCAGAGGCUGCACGUGGAGCGGGCUCAGGCUGCCCACAGCGGACACUACAGCUGCGUGGCCGAGAACGUGGCCGGAAGGGCUGAGAGGAGGUUUGCGCUCUCCGUGCUGGUGCCCCCACAGCUCAUCGGAGACUUGGAUCCGCUGACCAACGUCUCUGCUGCCUUGCACAGCCCCUUGACGCUGCUCUGUGAAGCCACAGGUGUCCCACCCCCAGCGGUCCGCUGGUUCCGAGGGGAGGAGCCCAUCAGCCCCGGGGAGGACACCUACCUCUUGGCAGGUGGCUGGAUGCUGAGGAUGACCCGGGCACAAGAGCAAGACAGAGGUUUCUACUCGUGCCUGGCAAGCAACGAAGCUGGAGAGGUUCGGAGGAACUUUAACGUCGAAGUCCUGGUUCCUCCCAGGAUUGAGAACGAGGACCGGGAGGAGUCAGUCAAGGUCCCCGAGGGGCAGACAGCUCACCUGACAUGCAACGCCACAGGCCACCCACAGCCCAAGGUCACGUGGUUCAAAGAUGGCCGGCCCCUGGCUGGUGGAGACGCCCACCACAUUUCUCCAGACGGAGCCCUCCUGCAGGUGCUCCAGGCCAACCUGUCUAGCUCUGGCCACUACUCCUGCAUUGCAGCCAAUGCUGUGGGCGAGAAGACCAGACACUUCCAGCUUAGUGUCCUGGUGGUCCCCACCAUCUUGGGAGUGACCGAGGACAGUGCGGACGAAGAGGUGACGGUGACCAUCAGCAACCCCAUUUCUCUGAUCUGCGAGGCACUGGCCUUCCCCUCCCCCACCAUCACCUGGAUGAAGGAUGGUGCCCCGUUUGAGGCCUCAAACAACAUCCAGCUCCUCCCAGGCACCCAUGGGCUGCAGAUCCUGAAUGCCCAGAAGGAAGAUGCGGGCCAGUAUACCUGUGUGGUCACCAAUGAACUCGGGGAGGCCAUGAAGAACUACCACGUGGAAGUGCUCAUCCCCCCUUCCAUCUCCAAAGAUGACGCCUUGGGGGAGGCCAAUGUGAAGGAAGUGAAGACCAAGGUCAACAGUACCUUGACCCUGGAGUGUGAGAGCUGGGCCGUGCCCCCACCCACCAUCAGCUGGUACAAGGACGGACGGUNCAACGUGGCCGGCGAGGAUGACCAGGACUUCAGUGUGCUCAUCCAGGUGCCCCCCAUGUUCCAGAAGGUGGGCGAUGCCAGUGCAGCCUUCGAGGUCCUGUCCCGGGAAGAAGAGGCCCGGGGUGGGGUGACGGAAUACCGGGAGAUUGUGGAGAACAACCCUGCCUACCUGUACUGUGACACCAAUGCCAUCCCACCCCCGGAGCUCACCUGGUACAGGGACGACCAGCCCCUCUCGGCCGCAGACGGGGUGUCUGUUCUGCAAGGAGGUCGGGUCCUGCAGAUCCCCCUGGUGCGUGAGGAGGACGCUGGGAGGUACUCAUGCAAGGCCUUCAACGAGGUGGGCGAGGACUGGCUGCACUACCAGCUGCUUGUGCUGACCCCACCUGUGAUCCUGGGCCACACGGAGGAGCUGGUGGAGGAGGUAACCGUCAACGCCAGCAGCACCGUCAGCCUGCACUGCCCGGCCCUGGGCAACCCCGUGCCCACCAUCGCAUGGCUCCAGAACGGGCUGCCUCUCUCCCCGAGCCCACGGCUGCAGGUCCUGGAGGACGGGCAAGUCUUGCAGGUCUCCACGGCGGAGGUGGCCGAUGCCGCCAGCUACAUGUGUGUGGCCGAGAACCCCGCAGGCUCCUCAGAGAAGCUCUUCACCCUCAGGGUACAAGCCCCCCCACGAAUCACAGGUCCGAACUUGGAGCAGGUCACUGCCAUCAUCAACAGCAGCAUCUCCCUGUCCUGUGACGUCCAUGCUCACCCGAGCCCUGAGGUCACGUGGUACCGGAACAGCCAGGCCCUCUCCCUGGGGAAAGAGGUCUUCCUCCUGCCUGGCACCCACACACUGCAGCUGGCCCGGGCACAGCCGUCAGACUCCGGGAUGUACGCGUGUGAGGCCCUCAACGCCGCCGGCCGAGACCAGAAGCUGGUGCAGCUUAGCGUGCUGGUUCCCCCCACCUUCAGGCAGCCUCCCAGCGGCCCCCAAGAUGCGAUCGUGGUCCGCGCCGGGGACAGAGUAGUCCUGAGCUGUGAGACCGACUCACUCCCUGAGCCGACCGUGACCUGGCACAAGGACGGGCAGCCCCUGGGCCUGGCACAGCGCACCCAGACUCUGCUGGGGGGGCAGAGGCUGGAGAUCCGUGACACCCAGGUGUUGGAUAAAGGUUUAUAUAGCUGUAAAGUCAGCAAUACCGCUGGGGAAGCCAUGCGGACAUUUGUCCUCACUGUCCAGGUGCCCCCAACGUUUGAGAACCCCAAGAUGGAGAAAGUGAGCCAGGUGGCUGGGAGUCCCCUGGUCCUGAGCUGUGACGUGACCGGUGUCCCCGCACCCUCUGUGAGCUGGCUGAAGGACAGAAUGCCCGUUGAGAGCAGCGUGGUGCACGGCGUGGUCUCCCGCGGGGGCCGCCUCCAGCUGAGUCGCCUGCAGCCCGCCCAGGCUGGCACCUACACGUGCGUGGCUGAGAACGCCCAGGCCGAGGCCCGCAAGGACUUCAUGGUGGCCGUGCUCGUGGCCCCCCAGAUCCGGAGCUUGGGUGCCGCCCAGGAGCACAGUGUCCUGGAGGGGCAGGAGGUGAGGCUGGACUGCGAGGCGGAUGGGCAGCCACCGCCCGACGUGACCUGGCUGAAAGACGGUGGCCCGCUGGACCAGGGCGUGGGCCCCCACCUCCGUUUCUACCUGGACGGCGGCACCCUGGUGCUGAAGGGCCUGAAAGCCGAGGACUCGGGCGCCUACACCUGCGUGGCCCACAACGCGGCCGGGGAGGACGCCAGGCUGCACACAGUGAGCGUGCUGGUCCCUCCCACCAUCGAGCAGUGGGCAGAGAGCUCAGGGACCCUGGUGAGCAGGCCCGGGGAGCUGGUGACCAUGGCCUGCCCCGUCCAGGGCUCUGCGCCCAUCCGCGUGAGCUGGCUCAAGGACGGCCUGCCCCUCCCGCUUUCGCAGCGCACUCGCCUCCACAGCUCCGGCCGCACCCUCAGGAUUUCCCAGGUGCAGCUGGCAGAUUCUGGUGUCUUCACCUGUGUGGCUGCAAGCCCAGCUGGCGUGACGGACAGGAACUUCACCUUGCAGGUGCACGUGCCCCCUGUCCUGGAGCCAGUGGAGUUCCAGAAUGACGUGGCGGUGGUCCGUGGCUCCUCGGUGGUCCUCCCCUGCGAAGCCCGGGGAAGCCCCCUGCCCCUAGUGUCGUGGAUGAAGGAUGGGGAGCCCUUGUUGCCCCAGAGCCUGGAACAAGGGCCCAGCCUGCAGCUGGAGAGAGCAGGAGCUGCUGACUCGGGGACCUACUCCUGCGUGGCCGUGAGCGAGGCGGGGGAAGCCAGGAGGCAUUUCCAGCUGACAGUGAUGGAUCCCCCCCACAUCGAGGACUCAGGCCAGACUGCAGAGCUGUUGCUGCCCGCCGGCUCCCCCAUGGAGCUCCGCUGUGAUGCCCGGGGCACCCCCCCGCCCAACAUCACCUGGCAUAAGGACGGGCUGGCCCUGAGCAGGCCUGAGGACAGCAACAGGGUGCUGCGGAUGGAGGGUGUUCAGGUGGGCGAUGCUGGGCUGUACACUUGCCUGGCCCAGAGCCCUGCUGGCGAAGUCGAGAAGAGCUUCCGGGUCAGGGUUCAAGGCCCCCCACACAUUAUUGGGCCCCGAGGCCCCCGCUCUGUGGUCGGCCUGGCUCCGGGGCAGCUCAUUCUGGAGUGCUCGGUGGAGGCGGAGCCAGCACCCAAGAUUGAAUGGCACCGGGAUGGCAUCCUGCUGCAGGCGGACGCCCACACCCAGUUCCCGGAGCAGGGCAGGUUCCUCCAGCUGCAGGCCCUGAGCAAGGCCGAUGGGGGCGACUACCGCUGCACGGCCCACAACGCCGCGGGCAGCACCAGCGUGGCCUUCCAUGUGGAGAUCCACACGGUGCCCACCAUCCAGCCAGGACCAGCCGUAGUGAAUGCCUCCGUGAACCAGACGGCCCUGCUGCCCUGCCAGGUGGACGGCGCCCCCCCUCCCCUCGUGAGCUGGAGGAAGGACGGAGCCCCCCUGGAUCCUGACAGCCCCAGGCUGCAGGUUCUGCCCGAGGGUUCCCUGAGGAUCCAGCCAGUCCUCGCCCAGGACGCCGGCCACUACCUCUGCCUGGCAUCCAAUUCGGCAGGCUCUGAUCGGCAAGGCCGCGAUCUCCAGGUCUUUGAGCCUCCAGCCAUCACCCCUGGCCCCUCCAACUUGACCCUGACGGCCCGCACCCCUACCUCACUGCCCUGCGAAGCCAGCGGCUCCCCCAAGCCCCGGGUGGUCUGGCGGAAGGAUGGACAGAAGCUGGAUUUCCGUCUGCAGCAGGGUGCUUACCGGCUCCUGCCCUCCAACGCCCUGCUCCUGGCAGCUCCCGGCCCCCAGGACUCAGCCCAGUUUGAGUGCGUGGUGAGCAAUGAGGUGGGCGAGGCCCGCAGGCUCUACCAGCUGACCAUCCACGUGCCUCCCACCAUUGCCGACGACCAGACAGACUUCACUGUGACCAGGCUGGCACCCGGGGUCCUCACGUGCCACAGCACGGGUGUCCCGGCCCCAGUCGUGUCCUGGAGCAAGGCAGGCACCCAGCUGGGGAUGCGGGGGAACGGCUACCGUGUCUUGCCUUCGGGUGCCCUGGAGCUCGGGCAGGCCCUCCCCAUCCACAGUGGCCGCUACACCUGCACGGCCCGCAAUUCUGCAGGUGUGGCCCACAAGCACAUGGUCCUUACUGUGCAAGCCCCUCCUGUGGUGAAGCCUCUGCCCAGUGUGGUCCGGGCACUGGUGGCAAAGGAGGUGCUGCUGCCUUGCGAGGCUUCAGGCAUUCCCCGGCCAAGCAUCACCUGGCAGAAGGAGGGGCUCAGCAUCCCCGCCGGAGCGAGUACCCAGGUCCUACCCACCGGACAGCUGCGGAUUAUCCAUGUCAGCCCAGAGGAUGCUGGGAACUAUUUUUGCCUUGCCCAGAACAGCGCGGGCAGCGCUGUGGGGAAAACACGGCUGGUGGUGCAAGUCCCUCCCGUGAUCGAGACUGGCCUCCCUGACCUGUCCACCACCGAAGGCUCCCACGCCCUCUUGCCCUGCUCUGCCAGUGGCAGUCCUGAGCCCAGCAUCGCCUGGGAAAAAGAUGGCCAGCCCGUGUCCGGAGCCGAGGGGAAGUUCACCCUCCAGCCUUCUGGGGAGCUGCUGGUGAAGAACCUGGAGAGCCAGGACGCGGGGACCUACACCUGCGUGGCCGAGAAUGCCGUGGGCCGCGCCCGCCGCCGCGUACACCUCAGCAUCCUGGCCCUGCCCGUCUUCACCACCCUGCCUGGGGACCGAAGCCUGCGCCUCGGGGACAGGCUGUGGCUUCGCUGUGCGGCCCGGGGCAGCCCUACCCCCCGCAUUGGCUGGACCAUCAACGACCGGCCAGUGACGGAGGGGGUGUCUGAGCAGGAUGGGGGCAGCACACUGCAGCGGGUGGCCGUCACCAGAGAGGACAGCGGGACCUACGUCUGCUGGGCCGAGAACAGAGUGGGUCGCGUGCAGGCUGUCAGCUUUGUCCACGUGAAGGAAGCCCCUGUGUUGCAAGGGGAGGCCUUCUCCUACCUGGUCGAGCCUGUGGGGAGCAGUGUCCAGCUGGACUGUGUGGUCCAUGGCGCCCCGGCCCCCGACAUCCGCUGGAUCAAAGAUGGCCUCCCACUCCGGGGCAGCCGGCUCCGGUAUCGGCUACAGAAUGGCUCGCUGACCAUCCGCAGGACGGAGAUAGACGACGCCGGCCAGUACCAGUGCCUCGCGGAGAAUGAGAUGGGUGCGGUGGAGAAAGUGGUGCUCCUCGUACUGCAGAGUGCCCCAGUGUUCUGGGUGGAGCCCCAGGACGUGACCGUGAGAUCCGGGGAGGACGUGGCCCUGCAGUGCCAGGCCUCGGGAGAGCCCGUGCCCACGGUGGAGUGGCUGCGAGCGGGCGAGCCCUUGCGGGCCAGUCGGCGGCUCCGGACCCUGCCUGACGGGAGCCUGUGGCUGCAGCAAGUGGAGGCCGGGGACGCGGGCACGUACGAGUGCGUCGCUCAGAACCUCCUGGGCUCUGCCACGGCCCGGGCAGUCCUGGCCGUGAGAGGGGAGCCCCGCGGGAGCCGGGGCAGCAUGUCUGGGGUGAUCAAUGGCCGGGAAUUUAGCAGGGCCACCCUCAACACCAGCGUGCAACAGGAGGCACGCUCUGGGGUCACCACCAUCCAGAGCAGCAUCAGCCAUAUCCCUGCGAGUGUGGGGCCUCUGAUGCGGGUCCUCGUGGUCACCAUCGCCCCCAUCUACUGGGCCCUGGCUGGAGAGAGUGGGGACGCCUUGAACGGCCACUCUCUGACGGCUGGCAGCUUCCUGCAGAAGUCGCACGUGGAGUUUGCCACAGGCGAGCUGCUCACGAUGACCCAGGAGGCCCGGGGCCUGGAUCCCGAGGGUCUCCUGCUCCUCGAUGUGGUGGUCAGUGGCGGCGUCCCCGAGAGCCUGGCUGACGCAGAUCUUCAAGUGCAGGACUUCGAGGAGCGCUAUGUACAGAUGGGGCCGGGCCAUCUCUUUGUGGGCUCCACACAGCACUUCCUGCAGGACAGCCUCCCCACGUUCCUGCGCUGUAACCACAGCAUUCAGUACAGCGCGGCCCAGGGCCUCCAACCCCAGCUGGUGCAGCACUUGCAGGCCUCGGCUAUCAGCUCGGCCUUCGACCCCGAGGCCGAGGCCCUGCAUUUCCAGCUUACCACAGCCCUGCGAGCUGGUGAGGCCCCCGUCCUUUGUCUCCACUCCCCACUGCCCCAGCUAGACACCUACCAGGGGCCCCCGAUGCACAUGGCUGAAAGCCAAGGGGACGCCCCCCCCUCCUGCACACACGGACCAUGGACCAGAAACUUGGGACGGGGACAGCUCACCUCCUUGUCCACUCACCUCCAGCAUGUCCUUGCUCCCGUCCAACCGUCCACACCCCCAGGCGGGACACAGCUCUUCAGGCCACUCUUGUUCAAACCCUCCAGCGGCUUUUCCCCGGCCCCAUGGGCCCCUGCAGCAGAGGCCCCACCCAGGCCGCCGGGAGCCCCAGCUGGAACCCCUGGACGCCCACAUGAGCAUGCUGUCUGUACCCAACCAGGGGACGCUGAAGAUACACCUGGGCCGGUUUGCACCGCCGGAGGGCGCUCUGCCCCCCACCCGAGUCGGUGCGUGUGUCCCGCCCGCAGGACGUGUUUCCGGCGCUGCUCGCAGGACUGCAGCGCGGGCGGCCCGUCCACGCUGCAGUACAAGUUGCUGCCGCUGCCUUUCGGCGUGCGCGCCCACCACGACGUGGCCCGUGUCGCCGCCUUCUCGGAGGCUGGCGUCCCCGCCAACCGCACCGAGCUCAGCGUGCUCGAGCCCGACCCGCGCAGCCCGUUCGCACUGCGCCCGCUGCGCGCCGGCUACGGCGCGGUCUACACCCGCCGCGCGCUCACUCGCGCUGGCCUCUACCGACUGACCGUGCGCGCCGCCGCACCGCGCCACCAGAGCGUUUUCGUCCUGCUCAUCGCCGUGUCCCCUUAUCCCUACUGACGGGCGUGGUCACUGGCAGCAGCUUUUGGGUCGGUGACCCCCGGGGAUGGCGGACAGGGAGGAGCGGGCCCAGCCCCCACCGCCCGGGUCCCUUGCCCUUGCCACCGACUGUGGCAAGCGACGUCAUCUCCCACCCCUGUGCGUCAUGGAGCCCUUCAGCAAACAAACAGGACCUUGCGUGCAACCUUGACUCCGGGACAGCGAGGACCGGAGCUCCCCCCAGCCCCCGUGGAGGUGGAGCUCGGCAGGCGAGAGUGUGAGGCUGCCCUUAGGUGGGGAAGCCAGCGGGCAGGGCUAGAGGGAAGCCUGCUUGUCUGGCUCCUCCAAGGCUUGUCCCAAGCCCCAGGGAGACCUGGCUGGGACACUGCACACCAGGAGGCCCGAGGGGGGACAGACCCCAGGAGGACGGCAGCAGCUAUCCUCCGCCCAUGGCUGGCCCUAGCACCCUGAACCCCACAUGUGUAUGUAUAAUAUAAAAACUUUUUUUUU